AUGUCAUCCUACGACAAGGUGGUCAAGGCGGCCACGAAGUCGAAGGCUGGCGCGCCGAAGCCAAAGCACAUGGACCCCAUCAUCGCCUCUUCUUUCUCCUCGGAUGGCAGCCUGCAAGACAUUACUCGUAGUCUGGCCUUGAGGCUGCGUGAACCUAGCAGUAUCGUGAGUGCAGCUUGUCCGAUGCUCGUAGGCCAAGUGAGAUGCUGACCACCGUUGUACGCGCGCAUACAUUUAGGUCGUAUUCAAGGCGCUGUUGGUUUUGCACACACUUAUCAGGAACGGUGGUGUCGACAACGUCUUGCGGCAUGUGUCAAGCGAGAAUGGCAGCUUGAAACUGAAGAACGUGGCAGCAGGGGGCAAUUGGCAAGGUGCGCCUUUGCAUCGCUCUGGUGUGGUUGCUUGUUCGCAAAUGUACUGACGCAGCUUUGCAUCUCCUCUCUCUUCUGAUCCUGCGGGCAGGCUAUGACGCCCCUCGAUCAUUGCCGUCCUACUCGCUUUACCUGGAUAGCCGCGUCAGCUACUAUCGAGAGAUGCAUCACGACGUGAUCCGCUCGUCUGAUGCUGCCAGGACAAAUGGGGGAGACGGAGGUGGAGGCGGACACAGGCUCAGAAGACUGACGGUAGACAGGGGCUUGCUGCGAGAAGUUUCAAAUGCUCAGAAGGUCUGCUCCAGGCUCCUUGACUGCUCGGUGAGCCUCUUCGCGCGCAUCUCUAUCAAGACCUGUGGCUGAUGACUAGCUGCUUGCUCCAUCACACUGCUCCCACAGUUCUUCUUUGACGAUCUGAACGAUGACAUGUCCAUCACGGCGCUUCGCAUGGCGCUUAAAGACCUGUUCGCGCUGUACACAGCCAUCAACGAGGGUAUGAUCAACAUCUUGGAGCACUACUUCGAGAUGUCCAAACCUGAUGCAGAGAGGGCGUUGGAGAUCUACAAAAGGUUCACACGCCACACAGAAAAAGUUGUUGCAUACUUGCAGGCUGCUCGCAAAGCUGCUUACUCCCUCAAUGUCGCAAUACCGAACCUCAAGCAUGCCCCUACGAGCCUGGCCGGGGCCCUUGAGGAAUACUUGAAGGAUCCAAAUUUUGAGCAGAAUAGAAAAGAGUACGCUGCCAAUCGAAGGGCGGCAAACGGCUUGCCCCCCAAGCCCGAGAGCAAAGUACCAGCGAGCGAAAGCAAAAAAAGCAGUGAGCACAGGGCUGAGAGGUCACGACCUAUUUUCGCACAAGCUGACACGUGACCCUUUGCUUGCACUGACUUGUUGCCUUCGCCUCAGUCACUUUCAAAGAGCCGACAGCGGCAGAGAAGGAGAAAGACAAGCCGUCCUCACCUGCUGCAACGGAGGUCAAGCCACCCACUGGCAACCAAGCGCUGCAAGACUUCUUCGAGUCUAUUGAGAGCGAGCAGCAGUCUAUCUUUGGCCCCAGUGGACCGAGUACCUCACAAUUUGGCUUCCCACAGCAGCAGCAAGGUCUAGCACCCCAAAUGACUGGGUUCCCAUUGGGCGCAGGCGGAUUUGGCGGUGGUUCCAUGCAACCGCAGAUGACGGGCUUCAACCCUUUCUUCCAACAGCAGCAGCAGCAGCAGUCUUUUCCCGGUCAGCAGUUCCAACAAGGUGGUAUGGGGGGGCUUCAACCUCAGAUCACCGGCUUUGCACCUGGUGGCUUCCUUGGAGCACACCCCACCGGGAUGCUGCAGCCGCAGAUGACUGGGAUGAAUCCUUUCCGCCAGAGCAUGAUGAUGGGCCCGCAGCCAACGGGAAUGGGCUCGCCUUUCGGCGGUCAAGCGUUCUCUCAGCCGCCUCAGCAACAGCAGCAGCAGCAGACACCUCAGCAUUCCUCAGCGCCUGACCUGUCUGGACUACCACCACAGGAGCAGACAGCGUCAUCUGCUUUCGGCUCGAACAACGCGUUCGCUUCUACAUCAGCAGCUCCGCCGGCUUCGAAUGUUGCAGCGGGCCAGUCUCUGGGCGCUCCAGCGAAGCUCUUACCUCAAAAGACCGGCUCGAACAAUCCUUUCAAACCUCCUCCUGGCUCAACUCCUCCCCCUUCUCCGCCUCCGACCAACAAAGGACCCACCUUGCAGCAGCUUGCAAUGGGUGCUUUUGGUCCCCCGCAACAAGGCGGGGGCGUGUACGGGCUAGGUCACGGCGCCUGGAACCCUACUGCGCAACAGCAAAUUCAACCGCAGAAUGCCGGUGCGAAUGGAGCUUCGCAGCUCCAGACCGGACCAGGUUCGCAAUCGCAAACCCAAGCUGUAGUCCCCAUGAAGACCGGCCUUAUCAGCUCUGUAGCGUCUGAAUUCGCGUCGGGCAGAGGGAAUGCGGCUAGCCCUGCCCCGACAACGCAACCAUCCAGCGCGCCUGCUGCAACGUCUCCCAGCCUUAAUGCUGCAUCUUUGACCGGGCAACAAGGAGCUGGUGCAUCGUUGGCUUCUCCCUUUGCAGCGAUGUCAGUCAACGGCAGCAACGGCUUUGCCCCGCCUUCACCGCUUGCGCCCCAAAAGACUGGUUUUGCCGGCUCAAAGUGAGUUCUAGUGCCAGGUAUACGAGGCAUACAAGUAUCAGACAAUACAUACUGACUUCUGGAAGUCAUUCGCUUGACCGUGUAGUAUCAAGCCAUUCCAGCCAACUUCUUCUUUCGGAGCUUCGCUAGCCGCAUCGUCCUCGUUUGCCCCCUCACCGUCUCUUUCUCCAGCUCCGACGUCGGGCUUGCCACCCAACAUGACGGGCAAUCCCUUCGCUUACAGCACUUCCACGCAACAACCUAGUCAACCAGCUACAGCCCCGCAGGCGCAGAGCAACGAAGACUUUCCCUCAUUUGCUUCUGCAGCCAGCGCCUCUUCAGGGACUCCGGCCGCCUCCAACUUUGGACUUAAUCCUGCUGGCUUGAGUUUGCCGCCCACUAAUCCCUCCUACCUUCCUACGCAGCCGACAGGUUUCGGUGCAAGUCUCUUUGGCUCAACCUCCACACCCUCAUCUGCACCGUUUCAAGCGUCUGCUCCAUCAGCAAAUACCACAUCGUUUGGCUCGAAUGCGGCCUUGGCCCCACAGCCCACUGGUUUUGCGGGCUCGAACGUGAAGCCGUUCCAGCCUACCUCUGCCUUUGGCAACGCUACUUUAAUGAAUCUCAACCAGCAAAACGGGCAGCAGGCACAGAGUCCACAGCAAGGACAAUCUCAGCAACAACCAAUCACUGGAACGCUGUUUUAG